AUGGGUUGUGUGAUGUUUCGGGGAAUGAAACCUAAUGAAGGAACAAAAACGACUCUGAAACGUGACUGCCGUGCGAUGUCACCCACUGGCCAAAAUGACCUGACAUCACAGAAGUUGACUAAAACGACUUUGAAACGUGAACGUCGUGAUAUGUCAUCCACUGGCGAAAACGACUUGCAAUUACAGGAGAAGUUGAAUAAAACGACUUUGAAACGUGAACGUCGUGAUAUGUCAUCCACUGGCGAAAAUGACUUGCCAUUACAGGAGAAGCUGACUAAAACGACUUUGAAACGUGAACGUCGUGAGAUGUCCUUGCCAUUACAGGAGAAGUUGACUAAAACGACUUUGAAACGUGAACGUCGUGAGAUGUCACCCACUGGCAAAAAUGACCUAACAUCACAAAAGAAGUUGACUGAAACGACUUUGAAACAUGAAAGUCGUGAAAUGUCAUCCCCUGGCAAAAACGACUUGCCACCACAGGAGAAGUUGAUUAAAAUGACUUCAAAACGGGAACUACGAGAAGUGUCAUCCACUGGCGAAAACGACCUGACACCAAAGAAGAAGUUGACUAAAACGACUUCAAAACGGGAACGUCGUGAGAUAUUGCCUAUUAGCAAAAACGACCUUUCAUCAUAUAAAAAGUUGAUUUUUGACGAAUCAUGCGCUGAGUGCCAGAAAAAUGCCAAAUUGUCUGUUGAAAAACGGAAGAAACUUGGGAGAUCUUCAAAGGAACACAGAAGGCAAAUAGCAUUUCCUGGAGAUUUAUGCGUUCCCCUAUUUGCUCCUUGCGGGAGAGUCAACGUUAAAGCUGCAGAAUGUCUCAUCUUCCAUCUUGGAUAUGAUGUAAAAGCAGCUAUUCGAGGAAAGUAA